ACAGGCUCCAACUCCAGCCAAGGGCGUUACAAUAACUUCUAAACAGCGGACAUCUAUCCAUGAAAAUAUGGAGAAGCUGCUAAUGGUGUGGUUAACGGAGAAGCAGCUCGCAGGAGAUACCGUGACGAAGGCUACAAUCUGCGAGAAGGCACGAGCUAUUUAUGCUGAUUUGCUGCAGCAGACCCCAGGCACUUCAAUGGACGAGGCACUGGGCGAGCCGUUUAAAGCCAGUCGGGACUGGUUCAAAAAUUUUAAAAAGAGGACCGGCAUUCACUCCGUUGUCAGACAUGGUGAGGCAGCGAGCACGGAUAUAAAGGCAGGUGACAUCAACGAGCUCAUCGAGGAGCACUCCGAGGAACUGACAACGCAGGAGCUAAAGGAGCUACAGACGCAGCAGCACACGGAGGUUUUGCAGGAAAUAAAUGACAUGGAGGAGGAGGAGGUUAUCUCUGUAAGUGAGAUAAAGGAAAUGUUGGGAAUGUGGGAGAAACUUUCAGACUUUAUUCAAAAGAAACACCCAGAAAAAAUUGCAACUGGGCGUGCGAUGGAGCUAUUUAUUGACACUUGCCUAACUCAUUUCAGAAAUAUUCUGAAAGGGAAGAUGAAACAGAUCUCAUUGGACAGGUUUUUAUCGAAAACUCCUGUAGAUAAAAGUGAUGAAAGCGUGGUGAAAGGGCAAAAAUCAGCAAAUAAGAUUUAGUUAUUCAGUUCAGCCUCUCUCCUCCAACUCCAUCAGCAUCUUUAAGUCGUUUGAUCUCCAAGGUAAAUGCUGUACAUUAAACUUAAUAAAGUAAGUUUAUUGCACUACAUCCUAUUCAGUAUUGUGUUUUUAUACAAUAUUCAUUAUUUUUAAAUACAUUUUUCUUAUUUAAAAACAUUUAACAAAAUAAUUGCAGUUUUUUUUGGGUGUCCGGAACGAAUUAAUGGCAUUUCAAUUCAUUGUAAUGGUGAAAAUUAAUUUGACAUACGAGUAAUUUGAGUUAAGAGCUCUGUCACGGAAUGAAUUAAACUCGUAAGUCAAGGCACCACUGUAAUUUCCUUUCAAUGUGCACAAAGUCGUGCACCAGGACACCAGUACUGUUAUAGUUGUCCUAUUUUACUAUAUUACUAGAGGCCGGUGCAUGAGAUUCAUGCACUUGUAGGGGGCAUGGCCUGCAGGGAUCGGCCCGCUGUGGGAGGGCUGCUCAUCCCAGUCAGCCAAGUGGCUCUGGACUCGCCCUCUGGGCUGCGGACCCACCCUCUGAGCAGCUGCUCAUCCUGAUCAGCCGAGCGGCGCUCCCACCAUGGGAGUGCACUGACCACCAGGUGGAAGCUCUUGCAUUGAGCGUCUGCCCCCAGGUGGUCAGUCAUAGCAACUGGUCGACUGGUCGUUCUGCCGUUUGGUUGCUGGGCU